CAAAAGUUGGCAGGCCUGUUGUAAUAAGUAGCUACUUCUUUAAUCUGAGAAUCUAGUAUCUAGUUGACCUCGUGUUAGUCGGUUUUCUGUUUUGAAGGCUAAUUGUUCUUUUUAUUAUUGAUUCACCUAAGCAUAUACUGAAAUAAUUUUUCUUGGGACUGAUUGCCCUUCUUCAGUUUUAUUUGUUGGCGACAGUUGUCGAUUUGGGGCGUCCACUCAGAUAUAUUAAAUUGGUUGAUUCGCCUGAAAACAUGGCGGCAAUAAACCGCUCGAUAGAAGUGUGCCAAGAUAUGGAAAGGGGUAAUAAUUCUAAUCGUUCGAUGGAAGUGGUCCAAGUUACAGAAAACAGGAAUAGAUAUGUGACAAAAGAAGAAUUUGAAGAUCUAGAAUCUCGAAUCGAAGAAUAUGAAGAGAAAAGGAUGUUUGAAAAAAAAGUGGAAGAGAAAAAGAUGUUGGAACGUUUCAAUGAUCUCAAUGACCGAAUCAUGAUUGUGGACACAAAGGAUUUCAAGACCAACUUGAGAAUAAAAAAUUUUGAAAAGCACAUGAAAUCGUUGGACACAAGAUGUAAGGAACUAAAUGACCGCCUUGAGUCAGUGAGACCUGUCACCUCAAACGAGCCUAUGCAAAAUGAACUUGAGAAAUAUGAUCUUGUUCCGUUAACAGUGGAACAAAUCAACAGAAUGGCACACAAUUCUACUUGUGUCGAGUUCAUUGAGCUUUUAGUGCUAGCUGCGUUUCCUGAUCGUUAUUUUGAAGACCACAGUUUUGCUGAUAUGACGAACAUGCAAUUCAUUGCACUUUUUCAAAUCAUCGGAAGGUAUUUCGAAAAUGCAGUCUUAUUGUCGGGGAAAACAUUGAAGUUGUCGUUGCCUUGCAACCACGAGGCCAAAAUGGAGGUCGCCACCAUAAUGGAAAAAGAGAUCAACUUUUGGAAAAGAGAAAAUGGUUAUAGCAGAUCUGAGGAGCCAGUUAUCCCCAAUGCUCAACAACAAGACCGAAGUGGUAUUGACCGAGAAGUACGCGUAAUUCAAUUAAGUGAGAGAGAGCUGGAUGCACUUGCUUUCAAGGCGGAUAGUGUUGGCUUCAUCGGCAAAGUUACCUUAGCCGCUUUUCCAGAGAAUUAUUUUUUGAAGACGGAAAAUACAUCAAAGUCACUCAGUCCGCGACAACUCGAUUCAAUUUAUGAGAUGGUGAUAAAGAAGAUCUCCGAAGUUAAGCGACGUGGAAAGCCUAGUGUCCCGAUAUCGAAAGAAGCUGUUUUUCCAGUAAUUUAUCAGAAAAUCAGGACUUUCCGUGCGACCUACCGUUAAACCGUUUGUUGGUGUUGUUUUAAGAUUUUAGUUGUAGUUCGCGAAUGUUCGUUUUUAUUAUGUUGAUUCUCGUCUGUGGUGCAAGUCGUGCAACCAUUUAGAUGUUAAAAUUUAAACCAAGAAGUGUUACGACAAUUCAGAAAUGAUUAAAAUACACAAGCACGUUUCUCAUUUCUUUA